AUGCCGCCCGAUCCCACGGUGGAUAUGAACGUGUUGGGUGCCGAAAGCGAUAUCAUCAAGCCCAGCAAAGAGUGGGUCCUACCUGCACGUGGAAAGCCCGGGCGAAAACCCUCGGAUUCGGUCCCGCCAACAAAGCGAAAAGCCCAGAAUCGCGCUUCUCAGCGAGCAUUUCGAGAACGCCGGCAUGCGUACGUGUGUGAGCUUGAGCAGAAAGUCGCCCAGUAUCAAGCGCGAGAAAUUGAUGCUAAUGUGCAAAUGCAACGCAUUGCACUUCAGUGCCGUGAAGAAGCAAAUGCUCUUCGCAAGUCGAACGAGGAACUGCGUGCGCGCUACGAGCAAAUGGAGCAACAGUUCUUAGCUUACCGACGAUGUGCCGAGGCACAAGCGACCACUCAUUCUACAGGUUGUCAGCCACCAUUGCAUGAGAAGACACACACACAUUGUUCUUCACGGGAUGCUAUUUCCAUCCGUGGCACCCCAACGUCGGGGACAACAGGACCGUCGAAAUUUUCAGCGGUUGGCACUGAAGGCACAGAAGUGAACGUCGCGGGAUCACAUGCGCAGGACCAUAAGCACUUUUAUGGAUUACGCUCGGCAAACAGCACAUUCUCGCCACCAUCUUCACCAACGCUUUCAACUUCUUCCGAAGUCAAGACAGCCGAGGCCAUCCCAUCUACGUCAUACACUCCCACUCGUGCGGUCCCGCUACGUCGCAAGCAUGAGCCCUCGUUACCUCUCGCAUCGCUCAGCGAAGGAGAGGAUCUUUUGCUUGAUCUUGACUGUGGGUUUUGCAAAGAUGCAACGGUGUGCGUGUGUCGCGGAAAGGCGCGCUUAGAACUCGACGAGGCCAAGCCAUCUGUAACUGGUGCUGGCUCAGACUCUGGCUCAGCUCCAAAGCCAACUCUUUGGUACACCAAGGCACCUGAACCUAGUAGCUCGAAUGCGAUGCGCUUGCCAAUACGACCGCAUCACUCUUCGCGUCCGCGUCUGUGGGCCGUCACGCCCGGCAACAUGUCACAAUUUGGGGCUGCGACUUGUUCAGCUUCAAGCUCCCAACUUGCCCCACAGUGCACGGGUGAUCGACGCACCUGUUCUGCAUGCCAAACUGAUCCGACACUCGCCGAAUUUUGUACAGCCAUCUCGCGGAACGUUCACUUGCCCGUAUCCACGCAGCGCGAGACGAAGACAUUGUGUGAAAGUGUGCCACAUGCAUUUACGCGUCUACGAAGUCAUCCCAACUUUCCAUCUUGGCGCGGUGGACUUGAGAUGCUGGCGGAAAUUGUAGCUCGCGAUCCCGUCUCACUUGCCUUUGAUACGGCGCAGCCGCCAACGCCGCCGCAUCAACAAUCCCAAAGCACCAGCACCAGCACCAGCAUCAGAACGAACGUGGAUCCCAAUAUCCAUCGUUACACACAAUGUAACCGCCACAAGCCUACUAUGCUUGUGCGGAGUAAGGCAGUGUCGGAAGCUCUCGAUAUCCUGGAUCAUCAGCCAGACAAUCAACGUGUCUGUCCAUGCCCAUGGGCACAACUUCCCUCACGCUUACCAUGGCCUCGCACACCACAAGCUAAAGCUUCGGAUGGAAAAUAA